AUGUGGCAGGGGGACACAGGGGAAAGGGUGAAUGGGGAGAGCGAUGGAUCCUCAAAGGCGUCGGUGAUGGUACGGGGGUUUGAGGAGUGUUGGACGGAAGAGGACCGAGACAAACACGAUGACGGAGAAAGAGACCGCCACGACGCUGACGAGCACGAGCACGACCACGACCACGACGCAGGAGAAGACGAGGGAGAUGAAAACAGAGAGGGCGAAGACGCCGACGCCGACGACGACGCCGACGACGACGAAGACGACGACGACGACGGCGAGCAGGACGACGAACGAGGAGAAGAACAAGGGGCAAACGUGGCACAGGCUGGUGGAUGGCAAAGGGGAGAUGAAGACAGAGAUGAAGACAGAGAGGGCGACGGCGGCGACGACGACGGCGAGCAGGACGAGGAACGAGGAGAAGAACGAGGGGCAAAUGCGCCACAGGAGGGUGGACGGCAAAGGGGAGAUGACGACAACGAGGGCCACGACGACGAGGAGCAGGAUGUGGAACAAGACGAUGAGGACGAGGAGGACGAGGAGGAGGAGGAGAGCGAAAGGUUUGCGUCGAGAGACGGCGAGAUCGAAUGGUCCUCCACGACGUAUCAUCCCCAUCGCCCUGGACCUCGUCGCCGCCGUCGUGCCGAAUAUGAAGAGGACGAGGAACAACAACUGGACGACGGCGACGACGGCAACGACCAAGACCAAGACCAAGACCAAGACCAAGACCAACGUGACCGAGACCAAGACGAACGACACGACCAAGACGAACGGCAACAACAAGACCCGGCCAGACGCGCCACCGCUCCGCAGAGCCCAGUACCCACAGAGUACGCGGCAACACGCGUCCGCGAUAUACUCUCCGCUUUCGAGCUGUUUGUCACGCGGCACAUACAAGAGAUCGUGGUGACCGCCACGAACAUCGAGGGCCUAAGGAAGUGCGGCAACGGCUGGAAACUGAUGGACGCCACGGACCUGCGCGGCUACAUCGGGCUGCUGCUCCUCGCCGGCGUGUACAGGUCCCGAAACGAGGCCCUGGAGAGCCUGUGGCACGAGGAGAGCGGCAGGGCCAUUUUCCGCGCCACGAUGCCGCUCAAGCGCUUCCACGCGUUCUCGCGACUGCUGCGAUUCGACGACCGCGAGACGAGAGCCGCCAGACGAGCCGCGGACAAACUGGCGGCCAUACGAGACGUGUGGGACGCCUGGGUGCGGCGGCUGCCUCGCCUCUACAACCCGGGCCCCGACGUGACCGUGGACGAGCAGCUGGUUCCCUUUCGAGGUCGAUGCUCCUUCCGCCAGUACAUGCCCAGCAAGCCCGCCAGGUACGGACUCAAGUCCUGGGUGGCCUGCGACGCCGCGUCCAGCUACGCAUGGAACAUGCAGAUGUACACGGGCAAGUCGGCGAGCGGCGGGCCCGAGAGGAAUCUGGGCGCGCGCGUGGUGCUGGACGUGACCAAGGGCCUGCGGGGUCCGCGCAACGUGACGUGCGACAACUUUUUCACCUCCUACGAGCUGGCCCGGCGGCUUCUCAUCGAGAGGCGCCUCACCGUGGUGGGCACGAUGCGCAAAAACAAGCCCGAGCUGCCGCGCGCCUUGCUCAACACCAAGGGCCGUGCGCUCUUCUCGUCCAGGUUCGCCUUCACGCCCACCGUCACUCUGGUGUCCUACGUGCCCAAGAGGCACAAGAACGUGCUGCUGCUGAGCACGCUGCACACGGGGAAGGCGCGCGUCCGCGCCACCAGGGACGCCAAGCCCGACAUCAUCCUGCACUACAACAGCACCAAGGGCGCCGUGGACAACCUGGACAAGCUCGUCGGCACGUACAGCUGCCGCAGGAAGACGACGCGCUGGCCCCUCGCCGUGUUCCACAACAUCCUCGACGUGUCCGCCUACAACGCCUUUGUGCUCUGGCGAGAGCUCAGGCCCCAGUGGAUGCGCGGCAAGCUCUACAGGAGGCGCGUGUUCCUGGAGCAGCUGGGCAGGGCGCUCGUGACUCCGCUCAUCGAGAGACGCUCGCGUCUCCCUCGCACAAUUUCGAUGUAA